UUUCAUUUUUUUUUUUUUUUUUUGAUUUUAACAUUGUGUACUGGUGGUCGUAAAUCUGGUUUUUUUUUGCCAUUACUGCUCAUCAUCAUUAUCUUCAUCAACAAAGCAAUAAAUAUUUUUUUGAAUAUAGAGAAAAACAACAACAACAACAAGUGUCAUUCAAUGUUUUAAUCAAAUUAAUCAAUCAAUCGAUCGAUCAAUCAAUCAAUCAAUUGAUAAGGUUUUGUAUUUGGCAAGACAACAAAUCUCUCUUUGUUUGUUUGUUUGUUCAAUGGAUUCAAUGACACACACACUUAUUGAAUCAAAGUUCAAAUGAAUCCCGUAUCUGAAUGGAUUUUUUUUUUCGGAAAUUCUUUACUUAAUUACAUUAUGUAAUUAAUUUUUGGUUCGAAAAUCGAAACAAUUGGAUAAGAUUUAUUUAUAAAUUCGAAAAUCAGAUAUUUCAAUAACACCCAAAUGCCUUUAGGUGUAGGAGGUAAUUGUAAUAAUCAUCGUUGUCAUAGCCAUCGUAAUUGUCAAAAAUCAGCACAUACAAGUAAUCAUCAUCAUCAUCAACAACAACAACAACCGCCAAUAAUAACACCAAAAACAAAACAACAACAACAACAUUUAAGACAACCAAGACAAUCAUUAAGACGACAACAUACAUCAUCACGUUUGAUUGAACAAAAUAAUCGUCGAACUAAAUCAAUAAGUCAUUUAAGACAUCAACAACAACAACAACAACAUCAAAUUGAUCACAAACAAGAUUUAUUACAAGAUUUACCUACUGUUUAUAUUGCACCUGAUGAUUAUCAACAUAUUUAUCAUAAACAAACUGGACAACAACAACAACCUCCACCCCCACCAUUAUUGCCACCACCACCACCAACGCCACCACCAAUAUUAAAUAAUGAUCCAGUCGAUGCUGUAGAUAAUUUACCUACAGUUUAUAUUGCACCUGAUGAUUAUAUUCAUAUUUAUAAACGUCAACCGCAAACGCAAUCACAACAACAACAACAACAACAAUCGCAACCACCACCAACGCCAUCACCGAUAAUUAAUAACGAUCAAGUCGAUGCUGUUGAUAAUUUACCAACAGUUUAUAUUGCACCUGAUGAUUAUGUUCAUAUUUAUAAACGACAACCGCAACAACAAACGCAACAACAACAAUCAUCUCAACAACAACAACAAAAUGAAUCAAGAAAACGAUCAUCAUCAACGGUAAAAUUAUUUAAUCGUCAUUUACCAAAACCAAUACAACCAAAAACCCAAGCAUCACCUCCACCACCACUACCGUUAUUACAACCACCAUUAUCACAUCAAAGAUUAAUGAGAUUUUUUUCAAUUAUCGAUAAUUAUGAUAUCAAUGAUGAUUAUGAUAAUCAACAUCAUCAACAACAUCAACAUCAAUAUUUAAAUUAUCAUCGUGAAACUGAACAAUUAUUUAAAUGUUAUCCACGUUGUCCAUCAUUAUGUAAUAAUCAUAAUAGUUCAGGUCCAAGUAAUUUACGUUUACGUUGUUUAAGACAAAAACCGGCUUGUAUAGUACCACCACAAUCAUUAACACAACAACAUUUACCAACAUCAAUGAUACCUAUUCGUUUAAUAGAUGCUAUACGAAAAUUUAUUUCAACACAAAAAUAACAAAAUAUAAAAAAAAGAAAUA